CAAUGUCAAGGUAUUAUGAACUUUCGAGUCAAAAUUCAAAUUGUUUAUUUAUUUCCAAUGUGACUAUGUUAGGCUUUAAAAAGUGUCAGAAGCGUACAACGGACGGCAAGAAUAAAUCAAAGAAUUGUUCGACUGGUCGAUCGGGAAGGGUCGUGUACUCAUUGCCUAAAAAGUCGCGUAAGGAAUUUGUGGACCUCGUGUUAACGAUUAUGGAUUCCGAUGGACCAAAACCUAUGAGGAACAUGAAGCCAGUUGAGAAACAUCGUACCGGUGCCGAUCAGUUCAGCGCAGCGCAUCACGGCGAGUAUGAGGCCAGAGUUCAGCAGAGUUCCGACAAAGUGGACAGAGUACUCGCCCAUAAUAAGGCGUGCCCUAAAAUGUAUGAUGAGUUGGACAAAAGACGGUCUACUGGGAAGCCCGUUCUUAACACCAAUAACGCAAGAGGAUCAGUGACAUCUUAUGAGGCAGACCAUUACGUCUGUGUAGACUGCCAGAGAUAUGAACGAGCUCGCAGACGAAGGAAACACUUCAGGAGAUUGAUGAAUCACCAGUCCUACAAACGUUUUAAAAUAAAAAAGGCCAAUGCUUUAGCAAGACUCAUGAAACAUAAACGAAAUAAACCAUAUAAAUAUACGUCGGCCGUGUAUCAAUUUUCAAAAAUUGCUAACAAUAAAGGUUGCCAAUGCGCGACUCGCAUUGUAUCAACGAAAUCGAAGAUCCCGCCAAAAUGCGACGAUUAUUUUUUAUCUAUGAUGCCGAAAAAAAUGUCAGUUAUGAAGGCGCCAAAUGUUGUAACCUCAAAUAGGGGGUUAGUUUUGAGAAGUGUGGAAUCACCGAUUUAUGAUAUGAGAAGUGCUAAAAAUGUUAAGGCGGAUACCGAUUCUGGUCGUCCUGAUACGAUAAGCAGCCCUCGAUCAACGAGUAGUUAUAAUAGCUUUAAUUCUAUGGAACACGAACCUAUGGUGAAAUAAAUUUGGCAAUCGUGGGAACGUACGACGAAUGCGUUUGUCAGUGCCUACUAUUUAAAGGUUACGAUAUUUCCAAGCUAAGCGUUGAAUCUUGUUUCACCGAAGACAAUGCAAAG